ACACGGAAGUGGAAAAUAAAAGUGCUACAGUGAGCUGGAGAACUGAAUCAUUCAGUUAGCUGCGAGCUAAUGGUGGUGCUAAUUUCAGGCUAGCAUACACAACGCUAAUCCGGCUAAACUACAGGGCAGGUCGAUCCGUGUGUGUGCUGGAAGGAUGGGGAUAAGCUAACGAUGACCGGAGAGAAGAAGAAGAAGAAGCGGCUAAACCGCAGCAUUCUCCUGGCCAAGAAAAUCAUCAUUAAAGAUGGAGGCAGUCCACAGGGGAUGGGUGAACCAAGUGUAUACCAUGCGGUGGUCGUCAUCUUCCUGGAGUUCUUCGCCUGGGGACUUCUCACCACACCCAUGCUCACGGUUUUGCAUCAGACAUUCCCACAGCACACAUUCCUGAUGAAUGGACUCAUUCAUGGAGUUAAGGGUCUCUUGUCGUUCCUUAGUGCUCCUCUAAUUGGUGCUCUCUCUGAUGUUUGGGGUCGGAAGUCGUUCCUUCUUCUUACAGUCUUCUUCACCUGCGCACCCAUUCCACUGAUGAAGAUCAGCCCAUGGUGGUACUUUGCAGUGAUCUCUGUGUCAGGAGUGUUUGCUGUGACGUUCUCGGUCAUCUUUGCGUACGUAGCCGACAUCACACAGGAGCAUGAGAGGAGCACAGCAUAUGGCUUGGUGUCGGCUACGUUUGCGGCGAGUUUGGUGACGAGUCCGGCGAUCGGGGCGUACCUGUCUCAGGUGUACGGAGAUACGUUAGUGGUGAUUCUGGCUUCAGCCAUCGCUCUUCUUGACAUCGCCUUCAUCCUCGUGGCUGUUCCUGAGUCUCUACCUGAGAAAAUGAGACCUGCAUCAUGGGGAGCACCCAUCUCCUGGGAACAGGCUGAUCCCUUCUCUUCUUUAAGGAAGGUUGGUCAGGACUCCACAGUGUUGUUGAUCUGUAUCACAGUCUUCCUCUCGUACCUGCCUGAGGCCGGACAAUACUCCAGCUUCUUCCUGUACCUGCGGCAGGUGAUUGGAUUCACCUCAGAGACAGUUGCAGCGUUUAUUGCCGUAGUGGGAAUCCUCUCUAUAUUAGCUCAGACGGUGGUGUUGGGUGUGCUGAUGCGCUCCAUUGGGAAUAAGAACACUAUCCUGUUAGGACUCGGCUUUCAGAUCCUGCAGCUCGCCUGGUACGGCUUCGGCUCCCAGCCCUGGAUGAUGUGGGCAGCAGGAGCUGUAGCUGCAAUGUCUAGCAUCACUUUUCCAGCCAUUAGUGCCAUUGUCUCUCGAAAUGCAGAUCCUGACCAGCAGGGUGUGGUACAGGGGAUGAUAACGGGGAUCAGGGGGUUGUGUAACGGACUCGGCCCCGCUCUCUACGGCUUCGUGUUCUACCUGUUUCAUGUGGAGCUGAAUGAGAUGGACGCUGCAGAAGGAGGAGAGAAAGGAACCAAACCCAACAUGGCCAAUCCCACUGACGAGAGUGCCAUCAUUCCUGGUCCUCCGUUUCUGUUCGGAGCCUGCUCAGUUUUGCUCUCCCUGUUGGUGGCGCUCUUUAUCCCUGAACACAACGCUCUCUCUCUGCGGUCCGGGAACUACAAGAAACAUGCCAGCACCGCCCAGAGCCACACCCACACCCCUCAGGGCGGAGUCUGUGAAGGCAAAGAGCCUCUACUGGACGACAGCAGCGUAUGACCCCACCUGCGAUACCUCAAAUGCACAUCAGGGUGGAGCCUGCAAGAAGACAGAACUUAUUGGUUUACAGCAGUGUCUGACUCCACCCACCACCACCUCACACACAUCAGGGUGGAGCUUGUGAUGGAAAGGGCUUUUCUAUUGGACAGGUUCAGUCCCUGACUCCACCUACUGCCACUUCAAACACACCAGGGUGGAGCUUGGACAGAUUGAAUGAUUGUACUGUAAGACUCUGCCCACUUUCUCCUCGAUAAUACUUUGUUUUUGUGCUCAAAUAUGUGAGGGGGUGGAGCCUAUGAUAAUUAGAUUAGAGCAGUGCAGGGUUCUGCCCACUGCUGCCAAGCAGACAGAGACAGACACACACACACACACACAUCCCUGUGGGUGGAGUCUAUGAGCAGAAGAAGGAUCUUGACUCCACCCACUGACAUCUCACACAUCAGGGCGGAGCCAAUUUACAUCCAAUACAAAGGACCAAUGGCGUAUGGCCUCGCCCACUGCCACACUAAAGAUUCAUUAGGCGGAGCCUGUCGGAAUGAGUGAAAGUUGUGUAUGACUCCACCCACUGCCACCUGAAACACACCUCAGGGUGGAGUCAGGAACAUAACUCCUCCCAAUUUGACCUGUUUUGCUCCACCUACACAUUUUUCACCAUUCUGACCUCCAUCAGCUGAACACACACACUUCAGGACUGUGUGUGAAUGACGCUAGCGCGUGCGCUCGCACACACGCACGCACACACAGUGUCCACUGAUUAAACAGUCUGGGAGGGGUGUGUGUGUGUGUGUGUGUGUGUGUGUGUGUGUGUGUGUGUGUGUGUAGCCUCUCUCUCUCCUGAGGCCAUAUCAGAGCGGCUGUGUCCUGAAUGGUGCCCUACUCUCUUUUCCCUACAGAGACGCAGUGCACAUCUCUUUUUGUGUACACUGUGUGUGUGUGUGUGUGUGUGUGUGUGUGUGUGUGUGUGUGUGUGUGUGUGUAUAAUUUUUUACAUUUCUGGUUCGCCUGUGGUGCAUUGUGGGUAGCUGUUGGUUUGAUUGUGGUUUUUGCAUUGCAUUAUGGGAUUUUGUCCACUUUUUUGUGGAUAAACAGAUAUCUGAUGUAGGGCAGUAUGUAGUAAACUGGGUCUAUAUCGGGAAGCAGCAGCACCAUCAUCAAACCUGCUGCCCAUGUUUACUGUAGAACUGAAAACCUGAACUCUGAUGAUGGCGCUGUUUCUCUCCCUCCUGCUCUGAGUGGGUUUUUUGUGUGUGUGUAUUUGUGAUGAACCAGAAUAUUGAAGGAAACUGUAAUACAGUGAUUGAGAUGUAAAUAACAGGAAAUGAAUGGACCCGUAUUUAUUAAAGGUUGCUGAUUCUCA